CUGACAGCUGAACAUCGAACUAUCCCCCAUAGUUAACUACAAUGGAUCUUUAAGUCCAGCUGCUCGGUCGUUGUCUGUGUGUUUCCCCUGUUAUUCUUAUAAAAAAGAAUUAAGAACCGCAUUUCUCUGCGAUGAUGAAGACGGAAGGCAUCGCGGGCAUCGAGCAGUUCGACAGCCCGGGUAAAGGCAGAGGUCUGCGGGUGAGCAAGGCGUUUGGAGUCGGUGAACUGCUUUUCUCAUGUCCCGCUUAUUCAUACGUGUUGUCCGUCAGCGAAAGAGGAUACAUUUGCGAACACUGCUUCACAAGGAAAAAGGGUCUUGCAAAAUGUGGAAAGUGUAAGAAAGCGUUCUACUGCAAUGUGAACUGUCAGAAAAAGAACUGGCCCAUGCACAAGCUGGAGUGUCAUGCGAUGUGUGUGUUUGGGAAGAACUGGUGUCCGUCGGAGACAGUGCGACUGGUGGCCAGAAUCCUUGCUAGACUGAGAGACCAGCGAGAGAGAAGCCCAUCUGAAAAACUGCUCUUACUGCAGGAUAUGGAAGCCCAUAUGGAGGAGUUGGAUAAUGAGAAAAGAGAAAUGAAUGAAGCAAAUAUAGCAGGACUCUAUCACUUCUACUCCAAACAUCUGGACUUCCCUGAUCAUCAGGCCCUGCUCACACUCUUCUCACAGGUUCACUGUAAUGGCUUUACUCUUGAGGAUGAAGAACUCUCUCACUUGGGAUUAGCAGUUUUUCCGGACAUUGCACUGAUGAAUCACAGCUGCUGUCCAAACGUCAUUGUCACAUACAGAGGUAUUAAUGCAGAAGUGCGAGCUGUGCAGGACAUCAGUCCAGGUCAAGAGAUAUACACCAGUUAUAUAGAUCUGCUGUACCCCACAGAGGACAGGAUCGAGAGACUGCGCAAUGUCUACUACUUCAACUGUAACUGCAAAGAAUGCACAACCAAAUCCAUGGAUUUCAUUAAAAUGAAGGUGAGGAAGCUGAGUGAUGACAUCACUGAGAAUGAGAUCAAGGAUAUGAUGCGUUACGCUCGGAACACCAUUGAAAACUUCCGCAGGGCCAAACAUGACAAAAGUCCUGCGGAGUUGUUGGAGAUGUGUGAGCUUAGCAUUGAUAAGAUGAGUGCCGUGUUUGAAGACUCCAACGUUUACAUGCUGCAUAUGAUGUAUCAGGCUAUGGGCGUCUGCCUCUUCAUGGACAACUAUGGUGCAGCGGUUCGAUAUGGGGAGAAAGUCAUUGAGCCAUACAGUGUGCUUUACCCAGCAUUCUCUCUGAAUAUAGCAUCAAUGUAUCUAAAAUUGGGCAGACUGUACAUCGCUCUCAACAGAAAGUCCACUGGCAUCAACACCCUUCAAAAGGCGUUGGCCAUCAUGGAGGUGGUUCAUGGCCAAGAUCACGCAUAUGUGAUGGAGCUCAAACAGGAAAUAAGCAGUGACCCGUGCAAAUAAUGAAAACUCUAACAGAGUGCACAUGAAUUUCACUGUAUAAACGUAAAUGAAUGGCAAGUUUUCGUGAGUGUAUGUUAUGACACUUUAGCCAUUCAAAGGAUAGUCACAACAUAGAGAAAACAAUGUUUUAUUGCUUAAGCAUUCAUAGCAAUGUCAAAAACGUGAAUUAUUUGUGCACAUGCAAUGCAUAUAUAAAAUACAUGUAUAAAUAAAAAAAGAAAAAAAAUAUAUAUAUAUAUCAGAAUCAGAAAUAGAAUCAGCUUUAUUGCCAAGUAUGCUUACACAUACAAGGAAUAUGUCUUGGUGAUAGGAGCAUCCAGUGCACAGCAAUACAAAACAGCAACAAAACAUAGUUAAUAAUAAAAAAGAAUAAAAAAUUGAAUAAAAAACUAUUAUAUAUAUAUAUAUAUAUAUAUAUAUAUAUGUAUUACAGAGAGUAUUUUCGUUACCAAAACAAGAUCAUGGUCACAUCAGAAAGCAGAGCAAGAAAGAGAGAAGCGCUCCUGUACAUCAUAUACUGGGAAGGUGAAUGCAUAAAAAAGGACAUUCCUGGUCAGCAUCUAAUGGAUUUCAAACAUUUGGCACAAUCCAAGGAGAGAAAUAAGAUAUAUCAUUUACUAUAUCAAAACAUAUGAAAUAUGCUUUCUGACUUCACCAAAGGCAAGAAAAUAACGCAGAAUGCACAUACACUGAGGCUUAUUCAUUUAAUACAAUCUACAUACAAGUGAAUAUAAAAAAGCAUGCAGUUACCAUGUUGUACUAAAAAAAUUAACUAAUCCAAAUCUAUGCAACACUUUUUAUUAAUGUCAAAAUAUUUGGCCAAAAAGUGGAAUGCAGCUCAUGUGCGCUGCAGUGACAAUGUGGAUGCAUGCAAACUCAACAAAAGGUUUUGUAUCUAAAUAUGAGAUAUGUGGGUGAAACUCACAAAGAACCUGACAAGAACAUGUGUGGGUCAUAUUUCACCCCCAUGUCAAAAGAAGAAAUAUUAUAUAUUUGCAUAAAGAAAAUGAAGCUAAUUGUAGGAUCAUUUAGAUAUGUUUGCACUGUGACAUUAUUAUUAUUUUUUUUUUUUUUUUUUGACAUCUAGACACAUUUUCCCAACAAAUACCAAUACUGUAAUGAGGGAAAAUAGAUACAUUAUUUCAGUUGAAAAUUACAUACCAGUACAUAAUGGUAGUAUCCAUAAUGCUUUUUAAUUAGGCUGGUUUAAAUAACAAAAAUGAUUGCAGUAUUGCACUAAUUUCAAUACAGCAAAAUUAAUAAAAUUAUAGUAAUUUUGAGACACCACUGAGAAUAGUAAGAAUUGGAAAAAAAAAAGUACAAAUAUCUAGAUGCUUUAAUGUAAUGAGAAACUGACACUUUGCAUUACAGUAACAACAAUUUUGGGAGAAAAUUUACUUCUUUUAAGCAAAAUAUACUGUAUUAUUAUGUGGGAUGAAAUUUGACCUGGAUACAUUUCAUAACAUUCACCCAUUAUUGUCUAAAACUAUUAUGCAAUGAUCUGAUUAAUUGCCAAUAAAUCUGUCAAUAACUUUGA